CAGCAACCAAACAGUUGAGAUCGGAUCGGCAUUGGAAAAAAGUUGAACACUUUAAGUUUCAUUAUCGAGUAAUCGCGUGCCCGGUCAGCUUUGGUUGUCAAUGAAACCAAAAAUGUUUAUAUGAAAAUAAAAAAUUCUUAAAAAAUGAAUUUGUUUGGUGUGGUUUUUUGUCUGCUGGUGGUUGGUGUUUGGGGUAAAGAGUGUCCUGCGAAAAGAUCGAACUCGAAAUUGUUUUGUUACUACAGCAAAUUAACAGAUGUUAAUUCCUGUGAAUGUAGUCAUGUUAUUUUGCCCGCCAACUCCGAUGUUAAGUCCGUGGAUCGGUUGAGGGAACACUUGAAGGGUGUCAAAGUGUUAAUUAGUGUUAAUGAAUUUAAUCAGGGUCUCGUCGAUUUGCUCAAAACCACGAAGGUGGACGGUUUGGAAAUCAGCCUGAAAAAAUUGGAUUCUAAAGAGGACAUAAACGAUUUUAUAUCGACCGUAAGAAGCAAAUUGGGAUCGGAUUUGUACAUGGUAGUUUCAGUUCCCUCAAAAACUGAAACUUUAGCCAAGUAUUUCGACUUUAAAAGUUUGAGCAAAAAUGCCGAUCUCUUCAUUUUACAAACGGGAUUUUUGGGAGCCAACAAAAACGUUACUUUCCAUCCUAGUAGGUUGUCUGGAUUAUGGGAUAUGCAGAAUACAGAUUCCGUUGUAGACUUGGUCAGCGGCUUAGGAGCUCCUCUAUCAAAAUUGGUAGUAACCGUUCCAGUUCAGGCUUUUCAAUUCACCCUGCAAAGUCCAAAAUUUACAGCCCCUGGAAGUCCAGCUUUGGAAGUAAAGUCUAUUGAUAGAAACGAAUUAUGCAGCUUGAUGAAAAAUAGUAAAAAUUGGACAUUGGAAAGGGAUCAGGAUCAAGCUGGGCCUUAUAUAUUUAGCGAGGACCAAUGGAUAGCAUUCGAAGAUUCGACCAGUAUGGACAUCAAAGCAAAAUAUUCCAGAGUAAGAGGUUUAGCUGGUAUAGCUUUGAAGGAUCUUUCCCAAGACGGUGGAUUAAAAUGUGAAUCUACCAUCUUGGAGGCAGCUUCCAACGGACUUUCCAGACAAGCUAGAGCACCAAGAGGUGCUGUAUUACAUUCUUUGGAACGGGAAAUGCUAGCUUCUUCAGCAAGACCAUUGGAUAGCAUCCAGGUUUCUCCCUAUAGGAUUUCAAGAGUUAUAGAUACAGAAGGAAGCGUCCAUGUCAUCAGACAGGACACUCGUACAGAAUUCGAAUGCUCACGUCAAGGAUAUUUCGUCCACCCUCGUUCAUGUAACAGAUUCUACCGUUGCGUAAAAUUCGAUCAGCUAUCCGACGAGUUUAGUGUCUUCGAAUUCGAUUGCCCUGCAGGUUUGGCUUUUGACGAACGAGUCGAAGUGUGCGUAUGGCCCGGUAGUCUCCCUCAUGCUUCUGCUUGUGCUGGAAGUAGUGAAAUUGCACCUGUUCCAAGAGAGAGGUUCAUAUGUCCAGGAGAACCAGGCUACUACGCCGAUCCAGAAAACUGCCGCUGGUUCUUUGCCUGUUUAGAUCACGGAAGAUCUCCUCUCUCAGCUUACGAAUUUAGAUGUCCCUUCGGCUUAGUAUUUGACCAAGACAAACUACUCUGCGAAUGGCCCUGGUUUGUACCAAGAUGCGCGAGCGGAGAAGGUUACGGCCUUAACUUAGCAACGCAAAACUUUUACGGAACCGGAUAUUUGUUAGAUCAGUACGAUGGUCUUGGUUCUUUAGGCGCCGUCAAGUUGGGAGGCCUAAGCGGUACAAUAAAUCAGCCUGUUGCUAAAGUUUACAGCAAUGUUGGUACAACACACAUAUUGGGUCUAAAUAACGGUCUAUCAGAAAAAGCUUCUAUAUCUUUGGUUAACGCUGGAUUACUUAAAACAGGAAGUUUGAAUUCAGGAUCGAAUCUGGCUAGUGGUACUCUUUUGGAAUCAACUGGUUUCUUACAUAACUCAAAUAUCGCCUCUGGCUCUCUUUUGGGUCAAGCCAAACUGCAAACAUUGGAUAACUCUGCCAAAUAUGAAUCUAAACAAGCAGUAACAGGUUUGGAUUUCGGAUCUGGUUCCUUACAUGGAUCAACUAUUGCAUCUGGCACACUUUUAAGUGAAUCAAACUUGGCAAUAUUGGAUAAAUCUGAAAACCAUGGAGCUAAAUCUCACCAAACCAUUACACAGUAUCAUGACAAGUCAAACUCUGGAUAUGCAUCUUCAAAUGACAACUAUAAGGCUACAUCUCAACAAGCAGUAUUAGGUUUGGAUUUAGAAUCUAAUCAAGCCAGUGGUACACUUUUUCACUCAACUGGUUUAAAUAUUGCAUCAGGCUCUCUUUUGGGCCAAACAAACUUAGGGGACUCGGGCAACUAUGGAGCUAAAUCUCACCAAACUAUUACACAGUAUCAUGACAAGUCAAAUUCUGAAUAUACAUCUACGGGUGAUAUAGAAGGCAGAGAUAACUCAGAUGGUAUUUUAUUGGACGAUAACCAAAACACAAAAUAUUUUAACAAACUUCAAUAUGACAACACCGCUUCUAUUGGUCUGGGUACAUUUGGUAGUGCUCAAUACAAUCAAGCUGCUUUGGGUAACAUUAAUAUAAUUAAUGGUGGGUACUCUGCAUUUAAUGAUGGAGUACAGGUAUCCAGCAAUGGAAAUAACAAUCAAAUUCCUCAAGUUACAUCUUCACCAACAGCAUCUAGUAUUCCUAUUGUUACCUCAGUGCCAAUACCAAACAUUAAAACUGUAAAAACUUUCGAAACUUAUAAUGGUGGAGUGGUGGCUAAUGUGCCACAUUUACAGUACAAGGUGGAACAAAAUGUAGAAGGAUAUAGCUACCCCAAACCAGCUGUGUCUUUCCAAGAAGGAUCGUAUAUAAUCAAGGAAAAGGUACAGCCAGCUACACUUUUACAGUCUGUUAAACUCGAACCUAAGCCUAUUUCUUUUGUAAAACCAAUACAUACUUUAAACGUACAAAAUACCGUACAACAAAGUGGCGGAUAUGUUUACAACAAACCUUCUGUUGCUUUUGAAGAAAAACCUUUUACUGUUACACAGUCUUCUAUUAAUCUAGGAUCAAUACAAACUGUAAAAGAACAAAAUACUGUUCACCAAAGUGGAGGAUAUGUAUACAACAAACCAUCUGUUGCUUUUGAAGAGAGACCUAUUACUGUAACUCAACCUUCUGUAUCUAGCGUACAUAUAAAGAAACAGGAAAACUAUGGAGGUUACGUCUAUAAAAAACCUUCUGUAACAUUUGAGGAAACACAUGUUAAACAAGUAACAGUCCCUGAUGUACCCACUGUACAAGUAAACAAACAUGAAUCAUAUGGUGGUUAUAUAUACAAUAAACCUUCUGUAACAUUCGAAGAAAACCCACAACAAGUUAAUGCCUUUGUUUCCGUGUACCGUGAUAUAUCAACACCCAAGCCACAAGUAUUUCUAUCUUCAACUCCAUCUAUUGUAGAACAUAAGGUAGUUCAGCCUGUUGUUUACUCAACACCAAGACCUUUCACUAUUUCAUCGACUUCCACACCCUAUGUACACCAACAACCAAUUAUUUCUGUAUCUUCACCAAGACCUUUUAGUAUUUCAUCCACUACACUACCUGUUACAUAUGCCUAUAAUUAUAAACAAAUCGCCAAACAGGUUGGUUAUAGUUACCCUAAACCUUCUGUAGCCUUUGCCGAACAACCCGCCGUUAAAGUACAACCCAUUACUUAUAAUGUUCAACAACCGGUUGUCCAAUCCCAAGGUUAUGUUUAUGAAAAGCCCAAGAUCGUCUUCGAAGAAAAACCUUUGGUUAAGGUACAACCAGCUGUUUCUACAUACCAAAUUCGUCAACCAUUUGCAGAACAGCAAAUUAUUCAACAACAAUCACAGGGUUAUAUUUACGAAAAGCCUAAGGUUGCAUUUGAGGAAAAACCACAAAUAAGAUAUCAGAAAAUUAACCUUAAAACCGACUACGUGAAACCUGUGGAAGUCCAGCCCAUUGUCGCCCAACCUGUCGUAGUAUCUACAUACCACUAUCAACAGCCUAGCGUACAAAAAAGUGUAGUUGGGAACGUUGGAUAUCAAUACCCUAAACCUAGCCUACAAUUUGUGGAACAACCUAAACCAAUUAUACAUAAACCUGCUGUCGUAUCCACGUAUCACGUCCAACAGCAACCUUUAGCAAAUGAAGUAAAGUCUUAUGGUUAUGCUUACCCAAAACCCUCUGUUGCUUUCGAGGAAAAACCUGUGGUAUCUACGUAUGCCUAUCAGCAACCUAUCCAGACCUACAACUACAAAUAUGAAGCCCCUGUAACACAAAAAACGACUUAUCAAAAUAUUGUACCGUUAGUCAAACAGCAACCAGCAGUAUUCUCAACUUAUACAUAUCAAAAACCUGCCGUAACAAAGUAUACAUACAAGGAUGUCGUACAAAAUACAUAUAUCGCUCCUUCUGUAGCCACAUAUACAACUCCCAGACCAACUACUAUUUCAAGCUACAAUUACGUGCAACCUACAUCUAAACCUAUUAUAACAGGUAACUCCUAUCCUAAACCUAGCGUAACGUUCGUAGAAGAACCAAAACCUAAAGUUACAGAAUAUAAACAAGCAGCUGUUGUUUCGACAUACAAUUAUGCAACUACUUCAAAACCUGUUUUGGCAGCUUACACAUAUCCUAAACCUAGCGUAACUUUUGUGGAAGAACCCAAACCUAUCGUAACAGAGUACAAACAACAAGCCUUUGUACCUACAUAUAAUUAUGUAGCACCUACAUCUAAACCAGUUGUGACAGGUUACACAUAUCCUAAGCCUAGCGUAACUUUCGUGGAAGAACCCAAACCUACCGUACAAGAGUAUAAACAACCCGCAGUUGUAUCGACAUAUAACUACGUAACACCUACAGUAAAACCUAAAGUUGUACAACCUGUUGUAACACAAUACAAACCUGUCGUGACAGAAUAUAGACAACCAGCUGUUGUAUCGUCAUACAGUUACGUAGCGCCAACACAAAAGCCCAAAGUAAUCGAACAACAACCUUUAGUAGAGUAUAAACAGCCGACUGUGUUGUCUACUUAUAAUUAUAUUGCUCCAACGACUCCAAAAACCGAGAUAUUCUACAAGAAACCCGAACAAACUUUUCUAACCGAGUAUAGACAACCCGCUAUUAUAACUUCUUAUAAUUAUGUUCAACAGACUACACCAAAACCAAAAGUAAUUCAACAACCUAUCGUAACGAAAUAUAAACAACCUGCAGUGGUGCAAACCUAUAACUACCUAUCACCUACAACUCAAAGACCCACGGAGUAUACACAACCAACAAUUGUGGAAGCCUACAAUUAUGUAGCACCUACGACACAAAGACCUAUUGUCCAACAACCUAUUGUUGCCGAGUACAAACAACCUGUAGUGGUUAAAACCUAUAAUUACUUUACAACAACUACCCAAAGACCACAAGUGGUUGUACAAGAAUAUCGUAGACCUCAAGUAGCUUCCACUUAUACCUACGAAGCUCCAAAACAACAAGUUGUUUAUAAAGAACCUGUAGUGCAACAGUAUGAAACUUUGCAACCCAUUAAAGAAGUACCAUUUGUGAAAAAGAAGGUUUACUCUACUGGAUAUAAGUAUGAUAAACCUGCUAUUAAGUUUGAAGAACAGCCUGUUUAUGUUGAAAAUUAUUCUGCACCUAGACGAGUAGUAUCCACAACACCGGUAUAUCAAAAAGAUGAGCAGUAUAAUUCUGAUGUUUUAACUUCGAAUUACUAUUACGAAAAUAAGGUGCAGGGGGUCAGAUAUAGUACUACGCCUCAGUAUGAAGAAGAAUUUAUUGCUACCACGCCUAAUCCUACUUAUAUUUCUACAGUGCAAGCUGUGAUUGCUCCUAAAGUAAAGAUUACUCCAGUUGUUUAUGAACAGCGUAGAAUUACCACUGUACAACCAAUAGUAGAAGAUUUUUCAACUAGUAGACCCAUUGCUAGAUAUUCUUUUAGUUCUUUGGAUACCAAAUAUCAACAACCUGCUAUUCCCAUUAUUGUAUCUACCGAAAGAAUACCUAAGGUGCAAUAUGCAAGGCAGAGAGUUAAAGUAACAACACCAAAAUACGUUGAAACUUAUGAAAAUCCUGAAGUGACGACUGCUAGAAUAAGAGUAAGACCAACAAAAGAAUAUUUGCCAGUUGUCCAACCUACUAGGGAAUAUUUGCCUGUAAAAACUACAACAAUUUUAGCACCAACUAGAGAGUACUUGCCAGAAACAACAACUGUUAAGGCAACCACAUAUUUACAAAGAUCUAGAGAACCAAGUAGAGAAUAUAUUCCUGUAACUACCACUGUUAAACCAACUACAUAUUCAUCAAGAACUAGAGGGCCAAGUAGAGAGUACUUACCCGUUAGAUCAAGGGUAAGAGUAAUUACUAGUACAACUACUGAGGCUUACGGUGACGAAGCAGAAAUCCAAAUUACAACAAGACGUCCAAGCAAAGUGGUGAAGAUUGGUAGACCUACAGCUAAAACUAUUAUUAAGCAAAAUGACUUUCAUCCACUUUUGGCUGCUAAAUUGGGAGCUCAAUGUACUUGUGUGUCUAAUACUGUCAAACUACGUAAAAAGAAGCCUGAAAAAAUCAUUGUAGUAGAAGAAGAUAAUGAAGACGAUGAAGAUGAUGAUGAAGCAAAUGGAAAAGAAGGAGAUGAUGAUAAUGAUGUAUAUUUAGUAAACACCGAUGAUAAUGAUGAUGAAAACUCCAAUGGAGUGAUAGUGGAGAGUUACAAAUAUGACCCUAAGAAAACUGUUGUAGAAAUAACGCCAACACCUGAAGUAUACAUUAAGAGCACAACUGGUACUGUACCAUCAAGCACUACUCAAGCAUACAAAGUCAAAAAACGCCUCAGAGUAAUAAGACCACUCCCAACCACCGAAGCAACCGAAAUCCUAAUCAAGAGCAGAGUAACGCCAGUAAAAGUAGUUGAAGUAACCACUGACGGUCCGUCAGACAGGCAAAUUGCUAAAGCUGUCCGUACAGGACUUAAGCUUGUCAAACUGGCUGCUAAGGAAGGAGCCAAGGAAGGCACUGAAGAAGUAUUAAGCAAAUCGUUUGACAGAUACGGACCGGGUGGCGUUAGGAGUAAAAACGAAAAACUACAAGGAACUGUGGACUGUCAAAGAGCAGGUCUUUUCAGACAUCCAACUCAAUGUAACAAAUUCUACGCCUGUAGAUGGGAUUGUAAGAAAAAUAGAUUUACCCUUCACGUCUUUAAUUGUCCCGUUCAUCUCACUUUCGAUAAUAAUUUGGGAGCCUGUAACUGGCCAAGUCAAGGUCCGGCAUGUUUGGAAAACACCUUGCUGCCAAGUGAUUAGUCACGGAUUUAGUUUGUAGUGUAGUAAUUUAUUUACCAUUAUUUGUCAUUACUUCUUGAUUAUUUAUUUUUGCACCUUCAUCUCAGUAGAUUCAGUUUAGUUUUUUUUUAUAUAUAUUUAAUAAGCUUUUGCUGUGUUUAAAGGGGUUAUACAUCGUAACUCACUUGCCAUUUAACUGUAAUUUAGGUUUUAAGACAGGUUUGACGAUGUUUCUGUAUAUUUUUAUGAUAUUUUGUAAUAUAACUGUAAAAACUAUAUAAGGAAUAAAUAAAAUUAAAAAAC